AAUUUGUCAGCCAGGUGAGGGAGGGGGCGGGACCUUAACGCUAAUCCCACCCACUACAGAGUGAGGAAGCUCUCAGUCAGGUGGCUCCGUCCCUUGCCAUCAGUUUUGGCGCCCAGGGCAUUUCGGCUGGCAGGUUGUCAUUGUGCCGCUCACUGCCUGGGCUCUAUAGCAGCAGGUAACUCAGAGUGGCUUCCAUCUCGCUGCUGCCACACUCACUGCAGCCAUGCUUGCCAUCAGCAUCAGCUGUGAUCCAGGUGCGUUUUUGUGCGUGUUCAGAGGUCUUCAGGUGUACCUGGAGCUCACCUGUACAGCAUCCUAUGGCGUCCCUGCAGCUGAGCUUUAAUCCUCUUAACGUCUCAGGAGGCGAAGCAGCUGAGUCUGCAGCUCAGGUUAGGGCUGUGAGGUGCUGAGUGGGCACAUCACGGAGGCGGCGUUUUCUGGGACGAAUGGAAAAAAGAAAAACAGGUACACCUGUGUGUCGCCUGUCAUCUCCUUGUGGAUUGUGCAGGUCGGGGAUCACAAGUUCAGUGCUCACCGGAUUGUCCUGGCGGCCUCCAUCCCGUACUUCCACGCCAUGUUCACCAACGACAUGGUGGAGUGUAAGCAGGACGAGAUCCUGAUGCAGGGCAUGGACCCCAGUGCUCUGGAGGCUCUGAUAAACUUUGCGUACAGUGGCCACGUCGCCAUCGAUCAGCAGAACGUGCAGUCUCUCCUGAUUGGCUCGAGUUUCCUGCAGCUGCAGAACGUUAAAGACGCCUGUUGUUCCUUCCUGCAGGAGAGGUUACACCCGAAGAACUGCCUCGGCGUGCGUCAGUUUGCCGAGACGAUGAUGUGUACGACGCUGUACGACUCAGCCAACAGCUUCCUGCAUCAGCACUUCGUGGAGGUCUCGCUGUCGGAGGAAUUCCUGGGCCUGAGGACGGAGGAGGUGCUGGAGCUCGUCGGCUGCGACGAACUCAACGUGAAGGCUGAGGAGCAGGUGUUUGAGGCGGUGCUGGCCUGGGUCCAUCAUGACCAGGACCGGCGGGAGACAUUGCUGCCGGAGCUGCUGUCAAAGGUCCGACUUCCUCUGUGUCGACCUGAGUUCCUGUCGGACCGCGUCCAGCAGGACGAGCUCAUACGCUGCUGCCACAAGUGCAGAGAUUUGGUAGAUGAAGCCAAAGAUUUCCACCUGAUGCCAGAGCGCCGCCCUCACCUGCCCACCUUUAAAACCAGACAGAGGUGCUGCACAUCCAUAACGGGGCUCAUUUAUGCGGUGGGAGGCCUCAACAGCUCAGGUGACUCCUUAAACGUUGUUGAGGUGUUUGAUCCAAUCGGGAACUUCUGGGAGCGUUGCCAGCCAAUGAGGACAGCUCGCAGCAGGGUGGGCGUGGCCGUCGUGAACGGGCUGCUGUAUGCCAUUGGUGGAUAUGAUGGCCAAUCACGGCUCAGCACAGUGGAGGUUUACAACCCAGAGACAGACAGCUGGACACGGGUGUCAAGCAUGAACAGCCAGCGCAGUGCCAUGGGAACGGUUGUGAUUGACGGACGCAUCUUUGUGUGUGGCGGCUACGAUGGAAAGUCAUCUCUGAACUCGGUGGAGUGCUACUCUCCAGAAGCGGACAGGUGGACCGUGGUGACGGAGAUGAGUGCAAGCCGCAGCGCUGCGGGCGUGACGGUGUUUGACGGCCGGAUCUUUGUCUCAGGUGGCCAUGACGGUCUGCAGAUCUUCAACACGGUGGAGUACUACAACCACCACACUAAUCGCUGGCACCCAUCAGCGCCAAUGCUGAACAAGCGGUGCCGUCACGGGGCCGCAGCUCUUGGCAGCCACAUGUACGUGGCGGGGGGGUAUGACGGCUCGGGCUUCCUGAGUGGCGCCGAGGUUUUCAGCUCAGCAUCGGGACAGUGGAGCCUCCUGGUGCCCAUGAACACGCGGCGCAGCCGUGUGUCAUUGGUAUCCACGUCAGGGCGUCUGUACGCGGUGGGCGGAUACGACGGACAGUCCAACCUCAGCUCUGUGGAGAUGUACAACCCUGACACCAACCGCUGGACCUUCAUGGUGCCCAUGGUGUGUCACGAGGGAGGGGUGGGUGUGGGCUGCAUCCCCCUGCAGCCCACCUAAACCCAUCAAUCACAGGCCGAGGACUCAUGCUUUACUGAGGGCGGCAGGUGGGGGGCAGUGCCCUGUGGCAGCGUCCCCGGAGCUCUUUCGGUACGAUGGCCAUGCUCAGACCUGCACACUGAUGCCGCGCCUGCGGAAUCAUGGGAAAAACUGUAGAGCUAGCAGCAGAGGCUAGCUGCUAACAUUCUUCUGUUAGCGCGAGUGGACCUAUUGAUUAUUGAUUAGUGAUUUCCUACUUGAUGGACAUAACCAACAGGAAGUGACUUCCUCCCAAACAAACCAAGCUGCUGACUCAGACAGGAUGUCUACUCUGAUCGGUUUCCAGGACUGUUUGUUGAUUGGCUGUGAUCAAUGAGAACGAUCGACUGGAACCUCCAACAUGUCUGAAAGGCGUAAACCCCGCCCCCUGCAGUCUGCACAGGAAGCUCGUCUGAGCAGUGUGUGGUGCCCCCUGGAAAAGUCGUUAAUGAGGUCAGCGGCGCUCUGUACGGGCACAACAAAAUAUUGUCCUGCAGGAGCUACCUCUUCACAAAAAGUGAUGAGAUCUAUCAGGGCUUAAGUAAAGCGUCGUGUUUAGCAUUGUUUGUUAAAUGAUUCGCUUGCUGCGAUCCACAGGUGUGCUGCAGAUACCUGCUCAGCUGGUGGAUCAGCAGUGACCGAAACGCUCCUCAGAGCAUCACCUGAUACAGCAGGAACCAAUCAUGGUUGGCCUGUGUGGUGCAUGUCCCACCCCUACGGUGAUGCGUUUUACAUGCAGCUGAACAUUUGGCAUCCGUCAGCGUGUCGUCACAUCACUUAAUGUUUUUAGUAACACAUCGCACUCUGAGUGCUGACAGCGGCACGCACCACCGGCCUCGUUAGACUCAACCCUUACCUGUCUGAUGUUUUUCGCUGAAUGCUUGACAUUUGUUCACCUGCUUCUGCAUUGGUGGUAAAUGAUGGAGCAUGCUCAGUCAAGACAUUCUGUAUCUCUUGUUCACACUCGGGUGGUGUCGUGUUAAAUGCAUCUGUCGGGAUGCCGAAACGGCAUCACAAAGAAGGAGGAGGAGCUGAGCGUGCUCCAGGGAGGCGCCACACACUGCAAGGCGAAUCGGAGCAAGCUUCCAUCAUCUGACCAGUUUGGAUUAAUCAGCUGCAGCCUGGAGGGAGCUUAUUGAUCAGCUGCUACAGACUGAUCAGGUUAGUUGAUCGUGUCAUUGAUCAUAUUUAGACUUCAUCAGUCACUGUUUACUUCCUGCUGAUCUCUGAUUGGACGCUUCAUGUUUCGGCGUGUCAGAGUUCGAUCAAACAUUUGAUCGGUUUUCAGUCUCAUCAGUGGUCUGUUUUUAUUUGUGUUGAUUAACUUAUGAUUUGUUUUUGUUGUGGAUGAAUAAAGAGAAAAAUUUUGGUAAA